CUUCCUACCAUCUGUGUAUAAAUACACACCCUUUUGCAGAUUGUAUUACUUUUGGACCUGUGAUUCACCAUGAUUCUUUCUGAUUGCUGGAGUUUGUGUGCAGCGCUGCUGAUAUGUCCUCUUUAUAUGGGUGUCAGUGUUCUGUGUGAAGUCUUCUGUGAAGAGGAGGAUGUGGGCAUGGAAGGAGGUCAUUACACUCUUACCAAGAAGCUUGAGUAUGGGAGUAUGCUGAUAUACCACUGUCCAGAAGGGUACUAUCCCUAUCCAGCUUUAACUCGCUUGUGUCAGAAAAGUGGAACUUGGUCACCAACUCCCCAUAAAAGGCCUGUACAAAAGUGCAGGAUGGUUGAAUGCCCAAACCCCUUGGUUUUGGAAAGUGGUUAUGUCUUUCCUUUACAAAUGCAAUAUUUUGUCAACAAUGAGACCACAUAUGAGUGCUACACUGGAUACACAUUACGUGGCUCAUCCUCCCGUGUGUGCCAACCCAAUGGGAAGUGGAGUGGGGGAACACCCAUUUGCAGACAUGACUCAGGAGGCGGAGAGCGUUGUGCUGACCCUGGGAUUCCGGCCGGUGCUAGGAGGUCUGGGUCAGGUUUUGGCAUAGAAGACAAAGUGACAUACCACUGUGACGAUGGCUUACAUUUGCUGGGGUCAAAGGAGCGUGUAUGUCUAGAGAAUGGCCAAUGGACUGGGACUGAGCCUAAAUGUUACUACAAGCACACGUAUGACACUGCACUGGAGGUCACGGAGGCAUUCGGCAGUGCAAUCAGAGAGAGCCUUCAGUUGGCAGCGCCCAUCGAUGACACAGAUCAGGAAGGAAAGAAGAUCACGAUCGAUAAAGCUGGAAAGCUAAACAUAUACAUUGCUAUGGACAUCUCUGACAGCAUUGAGGAGGAUCAGUUUAACAAAGCAAGAAAUGCUGUCAAGAAACUUAUCACAAAGGUCAGCUCCUUCGCAGUCAGCCCAAAUUACGAAAUCCUUUUCUUCGCAUCUGACGUAUUCGAAGUUGUCAACAUAUUAGAUUUUUUGGGAGAAAAAAGAAAAACACUUGAAGAAGUCUUGGCUGACUUGGACAACUUUAAUUAUGGAGACAGACAAAAUGUUGGGACCAAUCUCAACCUUGCUUUUAAAACCAUCCUGGAACGCAUGGCUAUCCAAAAACAACGGAAUGAAACUUUAUUCAAAGAGGUCCACCACGUCCUCAUAUUUUUCACAGAUGGUGCUUUCAACAUGGGGGGUAGGCCCGAUGACACAGUGGCCAAAGUCAGGGAAAUGGUCUACAUGAAUCAAAAGGAAGAAAGGGAUCAAUAUCUUGAUAUCUAUGUUUUUGGUGUUGGAAGUGAAAUCUUUGAUGAAGAUAUCCAGCCACUUGUGACAAAACGGGAUAAUGAGGACCACUACUUUAAACUAAAGGAUGGUACAGAAUUGGAAGAAACCUUUGAUAAAAUAAUUGAUGAGAGCAAGGUUGUGGGUCUAUGCGGGCUCCAUAGAAACUACGAUCAUGACACCGCAGACACCAUACGUAUAAGAUACCCCUGGUUGGCAAGGAUUGGCAUCCCGCAUGAGGAUGGAAGCUAUGGUAAAUGCAUGGGGUCUCUGGUCACUCCCCGCUUCAUCUUGACUGCUGCUCACUGCUUCAAGUUCACAGACACAGCAGAUAAAAUCAAGAUUACGAUUGGCAAAAAUACAGUUCUAAAAGGAUCACGCCUAAUAUUACACCCCAAUUAUGAUAUCAAAGCCAAAGAGAAAGACGGGGUAAAGGAGUUCUAUGAUUAUGACAUAGCUCUCAUCAAACUGAAGAAUGAUGUGGAUAUCUCUAUCAACGUAAGACCGAUUUGCAUACCUUGCACCAAGGAAACAAGUGGUGCUUUAAGAUUGUCGGGAGAGGAAAUCACUUGCAAGCAACAAGAAGAGCUCUUGUUAAAAAAUCAAUUUGAAGAAGUCAGUUUCAUGUCACAUGAUAAGGACAGGGAAAACAAUUAUGAUCAGCGGAGCGAUGCCAAACUUAAGCUCCUGGAUCAGAGGGCGAAUUGUAUUGAAUUGGCUACUAAGGUAGAUGGCAUAACGUCAGAUAAUCUGAAGGAUGUUGUCACUGAAAACUUCCUGUGCUCGGGUGGUCGUCAACCUACUAGAGAUCAUGUUGCCUGCAAAGGUGACUCCGGUGGUGCUCUGUUUAAGAACUAUGAUGAUUAUCGCACAAUCCAGGUUGGAUUGAUCAGCUGGGGCUCCAGAAAUCUGUGCCCUGAUGGUAACAACGACGUCCAACAGGAGUCUGACGAUGACUCCAGAGAUUUCCACAUCAACCUUUUUAAAGUUGUGCCAUUUCUGAAGAAGCAUCUGGGGGAUGACACACAAGAUUAUGCACCACUUCAGUUUUUAGACAAAUAGAGACAGCGAUGAAGGUGUGCGUUUUUAACAAAGUUUCAUGAUCAUGGGAUUGUGUCGUUCUGGCACUGAACGUGAUCACGUGUCCGAAAAAAAUAGUUUGCUGAACUGUAGUUAUCAAUGAAAGUGUGUUGAUUUAACUGAAUUCGAAGAUGAAAGUGUGUUCUUUGCUAGUGCUGAUAAUAAACUCAAAUUCGUUAACUGAA